UCCUUGUUUGGCUCCAUAGAGCAACAUUGGCUCCAAGCACAAGAGAAGACUGCUGGGAGGGAGAGAGAGAUGCAUAUAAAGAGAGGCACAUACGUCCACUUCGCCACACACAAAACUUCUAUCUCUAUACCAUUGCACAAGCCAACCACCAUUGCCAGCCAGCAUAUAGCAGCUUGCUUCUGAUGCAUGGUUCCUUGUCUUGACGAGCUACACAACCACAUUGCUGUGGUGUUAUGUGCAAGAAGAAAGGCCAAGGGCGGCCACCGCACCAGCCAAGCCUGCAACCAAGAGGUGCCGGAGAGCUUGGAGGAGGAACUUCACCCAUGGCUUCUUCUCCUACCACUACCUCUUCCUGCAUACCUUGGAAUGGCGGCGCCGAUGACGGGAAGAAGGAGAAGAAGAGCAAGAAGUGUGAGCUCAUCGGGUACGAGGCGCUGCCGGAGUGGCUCAAGGACAACGAGUUCAUCCACGGCUACUACCGGUGCGAGUGGCCGAUGAAGGAGACCAUCCUCAGCAUCUUCUCCAUCCACAACGAGACCCUCAACGUUUGGUCGCAUUUGAUAGGGUUCCUGCUGUUCUUGUGCCUGACAAUCUUCACGGCAAUGGUGAUCCCAAGGGACGGCAACAGCAACAGCAGUAGCUGGAGUAGUAGCCGUAGCAGGGCUGCGUACUGGGGAGAUCUGGUGGAGAUGGCCAACAUGACGGUGGCGCUGAGGCACGAGGCGCUCGCAGCGUGUUUCCUGCUGCCACCAUCUGCGGCUGCAGAGGCUGGUUUGUCUGAAGACGGUCAGCAGAUCCCUACCAGCUGUCCGCCCAACACAUCCUCCUCUCACGUUCAUCAUGGCAUCCAGAUCCAGAUCCGACAACGACUGCAUCUGCAGGACACUAAUGGUACGGCCACGGACGCACUCGUCGCCGCCGGCGAGCCCGUGACGCGGUGGCCGCUGUUCGCCUACCUCGCCGGCGCGAUGGUGUGCCUGCUGACGAGCAGCGCGUGCCACCUGAUCCUGUGCCACUCGGAGCGCACGGCGUACGUGACGCUCCGCCUCGACUACGCCGGCAUCGCCGCCCUGAUCGUCACCUCCUUCUACCCGCUAGCCUACUACUCCUUCCUCUGCGCCCCCUCGCUGCAGCGCCUCUACAUGGGCUCCAUCACGGCGCUGGGCGCCGCCGCGGCCACGGUGUCGCUGGUGCCGGCGUUCCAGGCCCCCGAGCUCCGGCCGCUCCGCGCCGCCCUCUUCUCCUGCAUGGGCGCGUCGGGGGUGGUGCCCAUCGCCCACAAGCUCGUGAUCUACGGCGGCACGGCGCCGGGGGCCGUGGCUUCGGCGGCGUACGAGGCGCUCAUGGGGGCGCUCUACGGGCUCGGCGUCGUCGUCUACGCGGCGCGGGUGCCGGAGCGGUGGGCGCCCGGGAGGUUCGACCUCGUCGGGCACAGCCACCAGCUGUUCCACCUCUUCGUCGUCGCCGGCGCGUACGCGCACUACCUCGCCGGAGUCGAGUACCUCAAGUGGAGGGACGUCGACAAGUGCUAGACUGCUAGUAACCGGCCGCCGGUGGCGGCGGCGUGGCGCCGUGCGCGCGCGUACGUGCACGUGCUGAGUCAGCAAGAAGAGGCCUCCUCAACGAAUUAAUUGUGACCGAAGAAUGACAGGUGGGUCCGCCAGAUGCAUGUCAGGUCGCAAAGUUCAAAAGGUUUCGUUAGGUGGACUGUUAGGAAGGGAAGAUGUCAAUGCUCGUGCUACAGAUGUAUGGGGUGUAUACAAGGCUACCUGGUAGGUUAAUAGUAGAUAUAACAUGGAGAUGAUUCUUUGUUGUGCACUGAUUGAGAUCAAUGUGGUAAACAAAUUACUACUCA